CCAGUCUAUCCCAUUUCUGGUUCACUGUCCAGCAAGAGACCAUCAUGGACCAGAACGCAACCAAUUCAACUGAAGAACCCUGUGGCUUGUCUGAAAUGCCAGCUCGUCCAUUCUUCAUAUGUUUAUACACACUGAUUUUUGUGGCAAGCCUGGUGCUCAACAGCAUUACAGUUUAUGUGUACUUUUGCAAAGCUACAAAACAAUCCAGCAUCACAAUCUAUCUGAAGAAUCUGGCUAUAGCAGACUUGUUUGUGUGCCUGUGUUUGAUUUUACGCAUCGCUAAAUAUGCUAUAACUUCAGUGGAAAUUCAGCGUAUCUACUGUAACUUUGGCGCUCCUGCUUCCUACCUUAACAUGUACUCCAGUAUUCUCUUCAUGGGCUACAUCGCUGCAAACAGGUACAUGAAGAUUGUACGGCCACUGGAGAGUCACACGCUGCAAACAGUCCGUUCGACAUGCUACAUCUGCAUCGUGACCUGGGCCGUCCUGCUGUUCUCAAAUUGUGUCUACAUUGCUGUUUUUCUCAGCAUUGAUAAACAGACUUCUGCCCACAGUGGUUUCGACUGUGACAGCUUUCAUAACAGCUUACUCAGACAGAUCUAUAGGGCCUUGCAGAUCAUUAGCUUUUCAGUGUUUUUGUUUGUGCUGGUCUCCCUGAUUCUGUUCUACUGUUUGAAUGUACAGAGGCUUCGUCAAGCUCAGCACACAAUGCCAAAUCAGAGUGGUAAUGCUAAGCUCAGGAAGUCAAAGCGUAACAUGCAAGUUCUUAUGGUGGUUUUCGGCGUGUGUUUUGUACCAUAUCAUCUGGUGAGACUGCCGUACGUGUUCAUCAAACCCCUGCUGCAAGACUGCAAAGCAGAACAGGUUUUCUACAUCUUGAAGGAGGUGACUGUCCUGCUCACAGUACUGAAUGCCUGCUUGGAUCCACUUAUUUACUUUGUCUUUUGCAAGACCUUCAGAGCACAGCUUAACCUUCAAAGAUUUUGCAAAUCCGAAUGAGAAAAAGAGCUCUAGUCAGUUGACUUAAAAGGUAUAGUUUACCAAAAAUGAAACUUCUGUCAUUUACUCACUCUCAUGAUGCUCCAAACCUGCAUGGGUUUCUUUCUUCAUCAAAACAGAAUUGAAGAUAUUUUGAAAAAUGUGUAUAACCAAACAGUUUGUCAUAGCCAUUGACUUCUAUGGGGGAAAAUACUCUGAAAGUCAGUGGGGAUCAGUAACUGUUUGGCUACCCACAUUCUUUAAAAAGAAAAAAAUCUUCUACAGUGUUCAGCAGAAAAGGGAAACUCCUACAGGUUUGUAAAAACUUGAUGGUAAGUAAAUGACAUUUCCUCACCACUAGCAUCACCAAACAGAAUUGAGAAAAGAAUAUAUGUAUUCAAAAAAAUAUCUCCCAAGAACUGUAUGAUCACAUGCUUCAGUGUAUUUUGAGAAUGAACCAAAGAGCAUCUGGUGCAUUAACAGAAGCAAGAACAUCUCAAAAAAGGGUUCUCAUGAUCAAUUUAAUUAGUGACAUAGAAAUUUAUGUAUUUUUUACAUUUAUUUUUAAUUAGACUUUCUUCAUUAUUAAAAAAAAUAAUAAUUACAACAACAACAACACACUCACACACACAAAAAACUGUAUUAUGAUGCUUCAUUAUUAUUGCCUAGAUAUUCCACAAAUCUCAGCAUGGGGUGAGAGAGGAAACCAGCUUAAACCGUGCUUGAUAAAAACAACAUCCAUGUUUAUAUCCGCUUUGCACUCCCACAGAAACCUCAGAUAGAAAUAUCUGAUAGAGAUAAUAAUAAUAAUAAUAAUAAUAAACUAGGAAAACCCUUUAGACAACUGGUCAUUUUUAUGAGGUGUUUAUGUUUGUAAAUGUUUGUGUUCUGUUCUUUUAAUACUGUAAAUUUACUGGAUUUGAAUGUAUUUGCAAAACUGAUUUGCAGCGUUUUCAAAUUUAAAGUUACUUUGAGUUAGUGUUUAGAGUAAAAAAAAGUAGCUAUUUUGCAUAAGUAUAUGGCACCUUAUGUUAAAAUCAGAUAUGCUAUUGUACAUAUUGUACACAUCACUUUUGAUCAAUGUAUUGAAAUCUUGCUGAAUAAAAUGUAAAAUUAUAUUCCUUAUAUAAUAUAUAUAUAAUAAUUCAUUCAUGGCAUAUAUGUUCAUUCAUUCUUCUGUGUAAUUGUAUGUGUAUAUGAAAGCUUUAUUGAAACACAACUGGGGCACUUUUGACUCCAAUGAGCAAAGAAAGAGCAGUCACAUUGUCCUGUGGGUUAUGCUGGAGCCCAGGGAGUACAAAGCUGUUUGUGUACAGACAUGAGUGGUAGGAAACUCCUGCAGUGCUGAGCAAGUGUUUACCCACGAGACAAACCCAGCCACUCUUUAGUUCC